UCCACCCCGACGUAGAGAUACUCUCGCCUUCCUCAUCCCCCCCAACUUCCUCUCCGAGAGUGGUUGUUCCUGCUUGAAGUUACAACUCUUCUUAUGUUUCUCUUGCCUGGCUUUUAGCUCUCGCGUAGUCCAUGGGUAUUAGGAGAGGACCAGGAGCAGCUGCACGUGGUGUGGACCAAGAUUAGAAAAGAGGCAGUAUUUUUCCAUUUUCCCCCAAUAUUUUUCAAUAUUUUCUCACUAGGAAUGGGAUUCGCCUUUUAACAUAAAAGUCAUUUGCAUGUCUGGGGCCUCAGCUACUUGCUUCAUACAUUAUGCACCAUAUUUAUGAACAGCGGAGAGCUGAAUGCCUGAUCCUAAACCUCUGGCAUAUCUACAUGAUGAGGCGCAAACAUGCAUUUCCUCACACACAGAAUGCACUAGAAAUGUUUUGCACCGAAACGCCAACAGUGUGACCCGGAAACGAGAGGGUCAAAAGUACAUUCUUUGGUUUGGCAAAGGAAACAUGACCAAGAAGUCUCCCAACUUAAUGGAAAAAAAUAACUUUGUUCCUGGCAUCUAUGGGACCAGUCUCCCUCUGAGCAGCUUUGCUCACCAGACACAACACAAUUGUGGUUCGGAUUCUGAUGGCUCAGCUGAAAAUAAAUUAAAUUCACAUGGAGAUAAAAUUGUCUCUGGAGGUGUUCUUGCAAGUACAUUCUAUAAGGAUCAUUAUAAAUCUGCAGUGGAACAGCUAGCAGCUCUUAGCUUGUCAAAAAAUACAAGGACAGCACAGCUCAAUUCAAACAGCGACAAACAAGGGACCCUCAAUUUCUGGAGCUAUAUGUACCACCAAGGCACCAAUUCAGUGAGCAGAAAAACUUUUGCAGAAAUGCCAUCUAGCUCCAGUGAUACUCCAAUAAGCCUCAUCUGUACCAAUCCAGCACUGGUAGGUUCUCACCGUGUGAAUAAAUACCAGUCCAUUUUGUAUCCUGGAGCUCAGCAGACUGUUUCAGAAAACUGCUGUAGAAAUGGAGACGGUGACUUUUUCAGGAAGACCCGGAAAGCCUCUGCUUCUGAUUCGUAUCCUGCUACAAAUAAUAGUUGCGAAGAUCUGCUUUCUGUAAUGAAACUGGCGUGGAAAACCAGAAACAGCCAGAGAGAGGACAGCCUUUUCGCUGAGAAAAAGGAUUCAUUUGAGAGUUCAAAAAAUAGGGUAGAUCUGCUAAAGUAUUUCAAAAAUGCAAAUCUUAAUCUAAGACCAGAGCCUAUAGAAGACAUAGAAACUUCCAGUUCAGCCGAGUGCCAUACAUUUUCAUAUCCUGAUUUCCUUCCUAUGCCUUUCAAUAAAUUGGAUUUAAAAAAAUUGUCCUCAUCCAAGUGGAAUGACUGGAAAUUAGCAUUUGAACCACCUUUGGAAGAGUCGCUUGAUAAACUCAUUUCUCGCUUAGUGGAAAUGGAAAGGUUACAGCACUUGACAAUAUUAAAAGAAAGGACAAAGGAACGAUCCGCUUCUCCUACCACGGCUCUCAAUAACCGCCCCAGUUCUACAAAAGAGUUGUAUCAGUUGAAGCAGCUGAAGUCAGUUGAUCUUUUGUGUCCCCAGGCAGCCUUUGAUGGAGAUUUGCACAAUUUUAGCAGUUGUGUGCAGGAACCAGACAUCCCAAAGUGCUCUUGCCACCGCUGCCAACAGAAAUGGAAUUCCAGGCCAAUUUCCCCAAUGUGUUCAAAGCAGUUGCGAUCAUCCUGCAAUAAGUGCACUAAAGCACCAGUGACUUUAGACUCCAGCAACAUAGUUGCCCGAAGGUCUCUGUCAUGCUCUAGUUCAACAAAAGUCCGAUCAGGUGUCAAGGUGCUUUCGCCCAGCACACCUGUACCUUUUUUUUUACCUGACGGCGAAAAUGCAAAAUGUAAACAGCAGAAGACCAGAAGAAAAUCUUGCAGAAAAAAUGUAGCAUUAAUGAGCAAACCUUUCACCUCUCAGAAAUUAAAAUCUUUAUCUGUUCUGGCAACAACUAAGUAUACUCAGGUUGACCAUCAGUAAUCUGCUGAAUUAGCUUGUUAGAUCAAAAUCACUUCAGAAUGUUGCAUCUCUUUGUUAUUUGUGUUAUAUUAGCAUAUCAGAUUUUUUUUUUACCUUAGCAAUCAUUUUCAUGAUCUCUUUUGAAAAGAAAGUAGCAAAAAUUAUUCCAACUUUAUUAGUGAUGAGCCGGCCAGCGGCAACUGUAAUCGUUUUCCUUGGAGAUUUUAUUUUGAUGCAGUAUUCUUUUUUUCCCCCUUUGGAAUAUGUUUAUAUUAAGAUGUAAA